UAUGACUGGGCAUACACCAAAAUUUGUAACACCGUGGAUAUCAGACAAUUCGGAAAUAUUAAAGCCACCUCCACCUCACAUUACCUGACCAGCUUCCUUGAAUUCAUCCACAGCCACCUGGACAAGCGAAACACCUCUCUAGCUGUUGCUUUUGUGGACUUCAAAAAAGCCUUUGAUCUUGUUGAUCACACUGUUGUCAUCAGCAAGGCAGGCUCUGUCUCUAAUUUCCAACAGCUGACAUGUGGAGUCCCCCAAGGGACCAAGAUGGGUCCUCUAUGCUUCCUCCUCCUCAUCAACGACGCCCUCACCGACACCCCCCAUCGCUGGAAGUAUGUGGACAACUGCACCGUGGGCGUCCCAGUUUCCACCAAGAACCCGGACUACUCGCCACUGCAAGCAAUUCUGGAGCGACUGCAGACGUGGACAGAGGAGAGCAGGAUGACCAUCAACCACAGCAAAACUGUGGUGAUGCAUUUCUGUACCUCCUCUGUACCAGUGCCCCCUCCCCGGCUCACAGUGGGCCCUCACCCCCUCCAGGUGGUCCAAUGUGCCAAGCUUCUCGGAGUCACGGUGGACGACCAGCUGACCUGGAAGCAGCAUGUCGCCAGCACCGUGAGAUCAGCUACCUACAGGUUGUACAUGCUGCGUAGACUCAGGUCGCUGGGGACGCCGACAGAUGAGUUAAGGGGGGUGUACCUUACCUUCAUCCUCCCCAAACUCAUGUACGCCUCCCCAGCGUGGUCCUCCUCCCUCACACACACUCAACAGCUACAGCUAGAGAGUGUGCAGAAAAGGGCGUGCAGGGUCAUCCUUGGCCCUGCAUACACCACCUAUGAAGAAGCCCUGACCACCCUGAGUCUGUCCAGAAUAUCCACCAGGCACCGAGAGGCUCUGGAGAAGUUUGGGAGGGGACUACUGCAUCAUCCGCGUCUCAGAAACAUGCUGCCGCCCGACGCGCCUCGUCCUGUCCGUGCCACCAGACACCACAACAAAAUAACACCACUGAAGGCGCCGCGCACGGACCGGUACAGACUCAGUGCGAUUCCCACCAUGGUGCGAGCCAUCAAUCAAUAGUAUUUCCCUCCUAGAUUAGACUUACCUUUAGGAUUAAUGUUAAGUUUAUCCCCAUCCCCUAUGUACAUUUUCAGUUUGUCAACUGCCUAAAUAAUAAACCGUUUAUUAUUAUUAUUAUUAUUAUUAUUAUUACACACACACACAC